AUGUUUUUUCGAGAGCUAUCACCAAAUCAUUCAAUUCGAAAUGACAGAAAUACAGCAUCGAACUGCUGUUGCUUUAUGUCACCAUCAGGUCGUUAUGCUGUAUGCAUUAGUCGUAUUGAAGUAUUCGAUUCUCGACCAAUUGAAACUCACUUUUAUAAUUAUAAUUUUACUAUUUCUGAUUUUAUACUUGAUACUACAAUACAAUAUAUCUCAACAUGUGGUCCUUUUAAAAGAUUUCAUCGUUUUUAUUUUUUAAAUGAUACAACCGGAAUACUUGUUGAUUUUUCACGUAAUAAUGGUACCAUAACACAAAAUGUCAUACAAUUUUCACACGUGAAUCAUACGGUAACGUGUGAAUACGGUCGUAUUUGGUAUUUUGACGUUGAUGAUAUGUUGUAUGAGACGGAUGACACAAAUAUAAUUUGUACAACAGAAUUAAUGAAUUAUAAAAAUAUCACUUAUUUACCAUUACUUGGUGAAAAAGAUUAUUUAUCAGAAAUAUUUAUUCGAUUAAUACCAGCAAAUCCAUUUCAUACAAAUAAUUUUACUAUACCAAUGCUAGAAAUUAAUGAACAAAAUGCAUUUAAAAAUAAAAUACAAAUAAAUAUUGGCGAAUUAUUUGAUGCAACAGAGUUAUGCAUCGAUACAUUUUGUUAUCCAUUAAUUAAUGAAACAUCGUUGUAUUUCAUCGUACGACUUCGAACGAAUCCUCAAAAUGAUAGACAAACUUGCAUUGCUAUGCUAAAAUUUGAUUUUAAAAAUUAUUUCGAAAAUAAUUUUUCAUCAACAGCAAAAAUUAUCAGUAAUCUUUUACCAUUACAAUGGAAAUUAACAUUAGCUGAAAAUUUUUCUUUACGACCAAAUUAUGUUCGAAUUAUGGCACAGCAAGGACCAAUCGUACUUCUACGAACAUUUAUUUUUGCAUCAGAACGAAUAUGGAUUUUAAUUAAUUUAAAUACAAUGAUAAUGAGUCCAUCAAAUUUUGAAAAUAAAGCUAGUGGUAAUUGUGUAAUGAUGAAUGGAAAUCGUUUCAUUUUUCACACACAUCGAAAUACAAUAGUUACUGAUUAUAAUAUCAUUUCGAAUUAUUAUUUGGUACCAAAACUUAAAUAUUUAACAUUUUGGAAAAUAAUUGAUAUGGUGAAAAAAUCACGAACUGAAGAAUGUUGGAAUUUACAUUUGACAUUUUAUAAAUUUUGUACCACUUGUUCCACUCUCGAAAUGAUCACACAAUUAUUAUAUUAUUCUUCUGAUACUGCAUAA